AUGACCGAAAUUCAUAUCUGCAAUCCUCACGACUACGAAGGUUGGAAAGCCUGCAAAAUUUGUGGAGCGUUUCUGCCCUCAACUGGAGCUAGUUCAAUCAGAGAAACCCCAAAUUCUGCUCCUCUUGGGGUGCAUCCCCAGCUUUUGAUUAGCACUUAUAGAAACUCCAAGUUCACCCGUCGCUACAACCCUUCUGCUUCCUAUUUAAAGGUAAACUUUAUAUAGUAUCGCAGCGUGCUUGUGGACUGAAUGUGCCACGUUGGGGAAGGCCUCAACUUUUCAGCCUUAACGAUUCAGGUUGCCGUCGCCCUUUUUGAUAGUGCCUUGGCUGCCAAGGACUUUCCUACAAGCAGUCUUCAGUCUCUCAGCUUGGUCUCGCUAUUUGUAGCAGCCAAAUCUGAGGAAUCUGACAAUUAUAUCCCUAGGUUUAGGAGCUUAAUUAAAUACAGCAAACACCCAACCGCUACUUUGCGAAGGAUGGAACUAGAACUUCUGGCUGCUUUGAAAUGGGAAGUGGCUGUCAUAACACCUUAUCAGUUUGUACAGUAUUAUAUCGCCCACGGAAUUGUAUAUAACGAUGACCCCCCCUCAAUCUUCAUGUCUAUUGCAACAAAAAAUGCAAUUUUUUAAUAUAAAAAUUUAAUAUAAAAAAUAAUAAUUUUCAUGUCUUUUGCAAACAAAUUAUAUACAUUAAAAUGGCGACACGUGUCAACCUGCAGCAGUCCAGAACUUAUGGCUAUGGCGAACUGGGACGGACUCCGAGCCAAGAAUCAGACGCAGGCUCAAGAAGUGUGUAUCUGGGUAGGUUUUGGCUGCUUUCCUGUGGUUGGAAAUAGAGGUGCUCAACAAUGCUCUUUGGAUCCGAGGACCUAUGGGCAUUCCUCUACUGGGAAACUUGGGGUUUCGGCCCAGGCCACAGGGGAACAGUCUUUUUUCUGUAGCUGUCGAAGGAAGGCACUUUAACACCCAAUAGACUCUAAGGAGCUGAUCCUUGGAAUCAAACUACUCUAUCACCCGUAGAUGGACCGCAGAAAUCCAAAAGCUACCCAUUCAAGAGCGAACCCGCAACGCAAGAGGAGACAGAAGGUACCGGAAGGGCACUCGCAACUGGGAUAGACCCUCUGGGCUGGAGUCAAAAAGCGGUAGAACCUUCCGUAAGAGAGGUCUUUGGUGACUGCGUCACCAAUAUGGCUAGCGCCUGUCUGUAAUAAUCCUAAUCCUAAUCCUUUUGCAACAAAUUUUCGAUGCGCAUCUUAAAUUUUUCAGUACUUUUUAGCUAGAAACUCACCGAGAGAAAAAUUCAUUAAUUUUUUUUUUUUAAAAAUGUUGUGCUGCAGUAAGCAUGAAGAUUUUUUCGAAAAUAUUUUGUUGCAAUAGACAUGAAGAUUGAGGGGGGUCAUCGUUACUUCUGACCUUAUGAGAGGCAAACACUUAAAUGAGAAAACUGUCAAAUACGUUAAUAGAUAUGCAGAUUUUUUCGUUGAAAUGUGCCUUCAAGAGUAUGAGCUAACUCAAUACACACCAGAAAAUAUAGCCUGCGCUUGUAUAGCAGCUGCGAGGAAGGCUGUCGAUAUAAGGUGUGUAUGGCCUUUGGAAUUAGAAGAAUUGACUGGGAAAAAAAUGCAGGAAACGUGUUUUGCCAAAGUGUGGGAAAUAUAUGAAAAGAGAUUUUUAGGAGAAAAAGCAAAGGAACCGAGGUCUGCAAUGAUAGAACGAGAAAACGCAAGGCGCGGGAUGAAAUCUGCGACGGUGAUAUAA